CGCGCUCCUCCCCUCGCCUCCCAACACCCUCAGCUCCGGCCGGACCCUCCCUCCUCCCACCACGUGUCCUCGCCGCUCCCUCCCGAGGGGCCGCGCGCACGGGUAGCCGGAGAGGCGGCGGGGAUGGCGCUGUGACAGCCGGGCCGGAGCCCUCGCGUCCCCCCCCCGCGGCCCGGCCCGCGCCGGCCGCUCGGCCCGGCGAGAUGGAGUCCACAGCUUACCCUCUCAAUUUGACCCUGAAGGUGGAGGAAGAGGAAGAAGAGAUUCAGAGCCGGAAACUGGAGGAUGGUCCCACAGAUAUGCAGAAAGUGCGAAUCUGCUCAGAGGGCGGAUGGGUGCCGGCCCUAUUCGAUGAGGUGGCCAUAUAUUUCUCCGAUGAGGAGUGGGAAGUUUUGACGGAGCAACAAAAGGCCCUGUACCGGGAAGUCAUGAGGAUGAAUUACGAAACUGUGCUGUCCCUGGAAUUCCCGUUCCCUAAGCCAGACAUGAUCACGCGCUUGGAAGGGGAGGAGUCUCAGAAUCCUGACGAAUGGCAGCUCCAAGGAGGAAGCUUUGCAGAAAAUGAAGACUCUGACGUGAAGCCUCCGGACUGGGCAGGCCCGCUGAGUACCACCUCCCCGUUUGCUCAGCCUCAGCACCUUGAUGGCUUUGGCCUCCGUCUGCCUCGGGACAUCACAGAGCUGCCCGAGUGGAGUGAGGGGUACCCCUUCUACAUGGCCAUGGGCUUCCCGGGGUAUGACCUCUCAGCGGAUGAUAUCGCUGGGAAGUUUCAGUUCAGCCGGGGCAUGCGCCGCAGUUACGAUGCGGGCUUCAAGCUGAUGGUGGUGGAAUAUGCCGAGAGCACCAAUAACUGCCAGGCUGCCAAGCAGUUUGGAGUGCUGGAAAAAAAUGUCCGAGACUGGCGCAAAGUGAAGCCGCAGCUCCAGAAUGCCCACGCCAUGCGGCGGGCAUUCCGAGGCCCCAAGAAUGGGCGAUUUGCUCUGGUGGACCAGCGUGUGGCUGAGUAUGUCAGAUACAUGCAGGCCAAAGGGGACCCUAUCACCAGGGAGGCGAUGCAGCUGAAAGCUCUCGAAAUCGCCCAGGAGAUGAACAUUCCAGAGAAAGGCUUCAAGGCGAGCUUGGGUUGGUGUCGGAGAAUGAUGCGAAGGUAUGACUUGUCCCUGAGGCAUAAAGUGCCCGUGCCCCAGCAACUGCCUGAAGACCUGACUGAGAAGCUCGUCACCUACCAGCGCAGUGUGCUGGCUCUACGCAGGGCGCAUGACUAUGAGGUGGCUCAGAUGGGAAACGCAGACGAGACGCCCAUUUGUUUAGAGGUGCCGUCAAGGGUGACUGUUGACAACCAGGGUGAGAAGCCUGUCUUGGUCAAGACGCCAGGCAGGGAGAAACUGAAAAUCACAGCAAUGCUUGGGGUCUUGGCUGAUGGCAGGAAGUUACCUCCAUACAUCAUUUUGAGGGGCACAUACAUCCCCCCCGGGAAGUUCCCCAGUGGGAUGGAAAUCCGCUGCCACCGGUAUGGAUGGAUGACCGAGGACUUGAUGCAGGACUGGUUAGAAGUGGUGUGGAGACGAAGGACUGGCGCCGUGCCCAAGCAGCGGGGGAUGCUGAUUUUGAAUGGCUUCCGGGGCCACGCCACUGAUUCCGUGAAGAGCUCCAUGGAGAGCAUGAACACUGACAUGGUCAUCAUCCCAGGGGGCCUGACCUCGCAGCUUCAGGUGCUGGAUGUGGUGGUCUACAAACCGCUGAAUGACAGCGUGCGGGCCCAGUACUCCAACUGGCUUCUGGCGGGGAACCUGGCGCUGAGCCCAACCGGGAAUGCCAAGAAGCCACCCCUUGGUCUCUUCCUGGAGUGGGUCAUGGUCGCGUGGAACAGCAUCUCCAGCGAAUCCAUUGUCCAGGGGUUCAAGAAGUGCCACAUCUCCAGCAACUUGGAAGACGAAGAUGAUGUCCUGUGGGAAAUUGAGAGCGAGCUGCCGGGAGGAGGGGAACCACCCAAAGAAUGUGACACUGAGAGCAUGACAGAGAGCAACUGAAGGGAGAGCACAGCAAAUGGAACUUUGUUUGAGACAGUUGGGGAGGAAAAUCCUCAAGAAGAUUCCUCGAAAUGUGGAUGUACAGGGAACAGCAGGAAGAGGCCGUGGGGCUCCGACAGCCCAAGUCUGGAUCGCAGCCUGUGCUCCCAUCCCGGGACCGGGACGCGACCCAACCCCGCCCGGCAUCCAUGAGGUGUCAGAAAAGUCUAGGACUCUUAAUUUCAUCAGACAUGUUUAGGAAAGAAACUGCUUCUGCCCCAUUUCUUGUCUUGUUUUAGAGAUUACUCCAUGUGUCCAUCGGAAGAAACCUGUAAAUAGGAACGAACAAAGGUGUUUCCUGGAGAAGAGACCAUUUGUUCUGCACCAACAGGAGACUCAUUAUGUGGGUCCAACUCCACUGGCAUCCUUUCUGUGCAGAAAACCUCAAGUAAAUGUUUUCUUCUGCCUUUAAAAAUGCUUCCAAGGGUAGAACCUGUCCCCACACAGGUCAUGACUGCAGAGAAGGCUUUGUCAAAACGUGUCAUUUAUGCACACCUGCUCCUUGCACAUUUCCUCUUUUGGAACAGUGAGACACUAAUGAUAACCAAGUUCAGACACACUGGCCGGGUGCCAGCAGAUGGCUUUUCUAUAGACAAACUAGGUUAGUGUGGAAGAUACAGGUUAAAAUAAACUAUGCUGUUUUAUUUAUCUUCCCAAUCUGGUUGGCAGCUAGAUUUUUUUAGGGUCUCAUUUAAUGGCCCUAUUUUUCAUUAUUAUUAUAUUUAAUGAUAGGGCAGCAUUUAAGACACAAAGUCUUCUGUUUCUCAGGCUGCCUGCAGGAGAUGUCACCGUAAAUGAUCUGCUGUCUACAUGGUACAAGGCUCAUUGACUCAUCUGAUACUUGUUUUGUUAAUUUCUUUAAUAUUUCUAUCACAAGGGUGGUGAGAGGGCCUGGGCUUUUAGCUGCAGCUUUUCAAGACUCCUAAUCUCCUCCUACCCUACAGGAAUGGGUGGGAGUCUUUGAAUCUUUACACUAUAGUAAUUUGCAUUCCCACAUAAGUCGAGUGUUACAAAAACAUUCCUUCAGAGUUAUUUGUGCUACAAAAAAUAUGCCAGAACCGCAUAGACAAAGCCAUUGCUAGAAAUGUCAUUCCAAUGUCAACUCUGGAUAACAGGCUACCAUAACCACUUUUCCUUCCUAUAGACUCAGCUCAUUUGUCUAUUAUACUGUUCUUGGCAUCUUGAAACACCUAUUGCUACUCAGGUACUCAUUUUCCUAUUUAUUAGUGACUCACCUUUCUCAUUUUUUUAAACCAGUUUUCUUCCAAGAGGGGAAAUCUCAAUUUCUGGUAUCUGAAUCAAAUUUUCAAUGUAUCAGUUGUUUUCCCAUUUGCUUUUACCUGUACUGUAUUCCUUGUCAUCUCAAAUGGCAUCUAUACCUAGCUACUUGCCAUUCCAGAAGUUUCCAUUCCCUCCAGUUCCACUUAAUUUAUCCUCCACUGUCCUGGUUCCUGGCUCUUUCCUCUUUAUGCCCUAUUUUACUUACUUUGGGAGCUUAAAGGAUUCUAUAAGACCUUGUUUUGGGUUCCUGCAUUGGAGCCACGGUUACGUUGCAGAGAAGAAUAGAAAAUGGGUUCAACUCCUGUUUCCUUUCCCCAACGCCUCCUCGAGUCUCAUCAUCCGCUGAUAGGUGAUGCCUUACAGGUUGCAUAGCACUGGAACUUUCCUAGAGUAAUGGUUCUACUGUCAGGGUUUUUCUGGGCUCGUUCUUCCACUGACUUAAUUAUGAUCUAUGCCUAACAGAGCCCCAGUACAACUAUUUUGCAGAAUGGCUAUUACCCUAGAAUUACUAUAGCACAUAUUGAGAUAUAGUUGUACUCCCCAGUAGGUAGGAACUGACCCCAACAAUAAACUUUGAUAAUAAAGAC